AUGGAUGAGCUUCAGAUGAAACUGAGCCCCAGACAUGAUGCAAGAUCCCGAAAAGUCAGAUUCAAAAUCUCCUCUGCCUACAGUGGUCGAGUUUUAAAGCAGGUAUAUGAAGAUGGACAGGAACUUGAAAUCCCACAGGAGGAAUAUCCUCAUAGUUUUCGGCACUGCAGCUUUGAACCCAAAGACGACUUCUUUGGGCUUGGUGAAGCCCCAGGAUCCAGGUUUUGUCCAUCAGCUAAAAUGAAUGCACAGAGGAUCAGUGUAUUCAGAGAAGGGAACAAAUACACCCUCACGGGGAGCCCUUCCCUCUUAAAUGACCACCAGGCAGAGGGGAGCCAUAUGGUAAGUAAUGUUUGUUUAAUAAUGACCCAUUAUGGAAAUGAUUGUAAAAUGGCAAAUGUGGUAGUCAGAAGCCAGAACCUAGUUCUCAUGUUGGCCAAGCAACUCUUCCUAUGUGUUGGUGUUUAGACCCAGGUGUGCAACAAUGUAGAGUUGCCAUACUUCAAAAAGUGAAAAUGUGGACAGAAAAGCUGUUGAGCUUUUCUUUUCUUUUCUGCUAAAGUUGUUGAGCAGCCCUAGCAACAAUGGAAUGUGCAGUAUGAAGUACAACCUGCGUAAAAUAGCUGGGAAAGGCUACAGAAUACAUAGGAAACAAACAAACAAACACCAGCCAGAAAACCACUGAGAGCUUUAAAAUCAAUAUCACCGAAGAAAAUGGCAGGAUUUAUGAAGCACUUUAUUCAGUUUCAUUCCUUAUUGUGAAAAGUGAAAUCCAAUAGGACACAGACAAUACUUUUAGGUUCUGCAGCACUUUUUCUUCAAUGAGAGAAAGCAUUUUGUAAAACAUGAAUGAUGAAGGAAACAGUGCGGCUACCUUUUUGCCUUCUCCUUCCUACAACACAGGUGUGUUUCAAUGUCCAUUUAUAUACAUGGGAAUGAAGGUGCAACAGACCUAAUGCUGGAAAUUUCAAAUGGCUUUUGAUUCUCGCUGACUCUGAGCCACCAGGUACUCAGAACCGCUGCAGAAUUUAAGACGAUGGUGUUGACCACCAAAACCGUACAUGACCCAAAUACCUGAAGAAGUACCUCACCCUGACCUGUAUCAGCCAGCCUGUUUUCUUAGAUCUGGUGGGCAGUUCCUUCUCAUUGUCCCACCACCAGGAACAGUACAUUAUAUGGUGGUAUGGGAUAGGGCUUUUUCUGUGGUGACAGCCUGGCCUAUGGAAUCUCCCCCCCCCCCAGCCUGCUUUUGCUGUUUCAGGCGAACUCUUUUUUCAUCUGUUUCCCUGGACUUUGGGAGGUUAUUAGUAGUUUUGUCACUGCUAUGAAUGAGGAGUCCAGGUUGUGGUUCCUUGGGCUUCUUAAGGAUCUGCUGUGUUUUUGCUGCUGUAAUAAGUUAUGAUGAAUUGGUUUUAUUGUAAUGUUCCUUUUCUUCUUGUAUUAGCACCUGCCCUGGAAUCAUCUAAUGAAGGGUGGGCUAGAAAUGUUCUUAUAAGAAAUAAAAUAAAAUAAAAUAGAUGCAUCCAUAAGUAAAACCUACAAAAAUGAAUGAUUUGAAGCACACCAAGGAUACUGACCCAAUGGAGCAUGUAAGCAUUGUAGAAAUUCCAAGGGACAGGUGGAUACAGGUGAUACAGAUACCUGAGAGCUUGCUCCAGCUGCACUCCCCAUCCCAAGGCACACAGGGCAAUCUACUAUUCAUGGUCCUGUGGGACUCUAGUUAUAGGUGGAUAUUGUCUACAGUGGUUUUUCAAACUGUGUUUUAAUGUUACUUUUAAGUUGCCUUAGGAAGAAUUGCACCCUGCAAGACAGGAUAGAAAUAAUGGUAAAAGAUGAAAGAAUGAAUGUCUCCUUGCAGGCCCAGGACCCGCACUCUCCCCACCUCACCAACCGGGCUAGAAAUGAAGGACUCCACAUCAUCAGAAUGGGAUCGAAUCAGGCCACAACUUUAUUGACUACAGAUGAAGAGGUUUGGCAUAGGCAAUGGGUAACCAUUUACUUCUGGCCUGCCUGCCGGAAAUGACAUCAAGGGUCAACCCGACAGUGGGGAUUCAUAUGACUUACGUCAAAUAGGGGAUCCCCGCAGGGAUCACUGCCUUGAGGAGUGCUGAGGUCCAGGCCCCUGUCUGGGCAUAUGGACAGAAGCAAUUCCUUCAGGGAUACCCCACUUCUGGAGGGGGAGCUGAAGGUACAACCUCCCCUCCAUCCAAGACUAAGGUUACCCAGUGCCUAAACUGCCAAAUUUGUGACGAUUGCUAUGAGGUAGGCCAAACUCUCAGGCCAAAGCCAAUUCGCCUGAUAGGCAAAUUCCUACCUGGCUCUCAAUAUGGCAACCAUCAUUGCCACAGCAAGGCCAAAGCAGCUGCGGAAUGCAUUGUUGAAGAAGUGCGUGAGUGUGUUGAUGCAACGAGCGAGAUGAGUGUUGAGGGCUGGAGCAGGUCGGCUUAAAUCCCCCCAGAGUGGACCUGAGGGAAGCCUAAAUGUUCCGUCAGGCUCGCCCCUGGGGGCGGAUCCAGCCCUCUGAGCCGGCUAGCCAUUGGCCAGUUCAGCAGGCUGGCACGGAACUGGCUUCCACACCAGGAGGAUGUGAGCCAGAGCUCACAUGACGGCUGGGGAAAAGUCCUCUGGCACUAAUGACUCCCAUUGUGUUCAAGGAAGGAGGUGUUGCCCAGCCCGCAAGGCCGCCGCGCCCAUGAAGGGGUAAGCAGACUUCUUUGGACCAUUCCCACUUCACCAUUUCUGCUUCCUGUAUCCAGGAGCCACUCACUAGAGGAAGUACCAGUCACUGUUGCUGGUUGUGGGAGUCAUCAAAGUUUCUAGGCAAGGAUGGAGAAGCUGAGAAAUGUUAGGAGACUCCUAUUCCCCUCACAGAGUUAAAAAUUUCCAGUGUGAUAUACAGUGGUACCUUGGGAUGCGAACGGGAUCCGUUCCGGAGCCCCAUUCGCAUCCCAAACGGAACGCAAGACGUGACGGCGCGUCUGUGCAUGCGCGGGUUGCGUUGUGCCACUUCCGGGCAUGCACGUGACAUCAUUUUGAGCGUCUGCGCAUGUGCGAGUGGCAAAACCCAGAAGUAACGCACUCUGUUACUUCCAGGUUGCUGCGGAGCGCAACUCGUACGUGCUCAACCUGAAGCACAUUCAACUCGAGGUAUCAAUCCCAGGGAACUCUGGAAAUAGCUCUGUGAGGGAAGUAGGGAUCUCCUAACAACUCUCAGCACCCUUAACAAACUACAGUUCCUGGGAAUCUGUGGGGAGAAGACAGGACUGUUUUAAGUGGUAUGACAUUGCUUCAAAUUUGUACUGUACAGCAGAUGGGGACCUAAGAGAGCUGUUGGACUUUCAAUUUACAUGUUCCCUGCUUCAUUUCAGAAUCCCCCUGUUCUAGACAUUGGGAAGAUUAUCAUCUACACUAGCAAUCUGAAAAUCAUCCGAUCACCACUGACUAAGAAGGAGCUGGUGAGAAAAAUAAUACAGGAUGAAGGACUCGAAGACUGGUCCUUCACAUACCACGAAGGAAGAGGAGAAACUUGCAGUAACCCAAGUGAUGAAAACAUAAAGGAGACUGAAUGUGAGCUUGUUCACAACGAGCAUAUGCAGGUAACAUGCAUGGUACAUUUGGGAGCAGAUGCAGGCAUUAAGACGUAAGGUAGUGGCGUCUCCCUGCUCUAGAGAUGUAAAAGUAUAUGUUUGUGAAUUAAAAGAAAAAGGGAAACGAUGACAUCCUCCAAAUGUUGUGAUACGAAACCUGUCAGUUCCAGGACUUAUGGCAUAGGUGGGGAACCUCAGGUCCAGUGGCUGAAUGUAGCCCUCUGUUACAAAUACAGUGGUACCUUUGGUUAUGAACUUAAUUCGUUCCGGAGGUCCAUUCUUAACCUGAAACCGUUCUUAACCUGAGGUACCACUUUAGCUAAGGGCACCUCCUGCUGCUGCCACACGAUUUCUGUUCUUAUCCUGAGAUAAAGUUCUCAACCCAAGGUACUACUUCCAGGUUAGCGGAGUCUGUAACCCAAAGUGUUUGUAACCCGAGGUGUUUGUAACCCGAGGUAUCACUGUAAUUGAAAAGUAAUGCAAUGGGACUUUAUAGCAUGCUAAUGAAUAAAAUUAGUAAACAAACUGAUCCUCUAAUUCAGAAUGCCGCGGCUUUAAAGCUUAUGGGAUAUCCAGUUGGGGAAUCCAUUGUGCUUAAAUUAAAUCAAUGGCAAGAGAUUGCUUUGCAGCUUCAAAAUUGUAUAAAAAGAAUCUUUGCCUCAUUGAUAAAGUGAACAUUUCUAAAGAAUUUAUAUUUAAAAACAAGGCAUCAGGGUUCAAAACAAUGGACUGACUUAUGGGACUUGAAUGGACAUGCAAGAAGGUACCAAAGGGAUAUUUCAGGAUGGGGGCCUUUGGCCCAAAACAAGGUACAUAAAUGAGCCGUAACAUUGUGGGUGGUGCUCAGCUAUGUGUUGCUUGCAGUAGACCCAUAUAAAUCAAUGAUCACAACUAAGUUAAGUCAUGUGCAACUAGUCAUUAAAAUUCCGAAAUCAGACCUGUGCAAAUUGAGGAAAUGUGUGUUUAUCUAUUUUGCGCAACCUGUACAAGAAACAAGGGAACAUUAGCAAGGAACUAGAAUCACAGGGAGGAAUAGAUAUUAGUAUUCCCACUAAUAUUUAUCAAGCAAACAGAAAAGCAAGAUGUUCAAAAACCAUAAGAGCCAUACACAUCUUAGAGGGAUUUAGCCUGCCGAUUGGAUUUACUUUAGGUAAAGGAUUCUGUGAACUGGUGUUAAGGAAGCUUAUUUUGAUCAGUCCCUUUGUAUUUCAGGAAGCAAAUGGUGAUAUCAAUUGCUCCCAGUGUAAGGGAUCAGGCUCUGCACCCUGCUCUGUGUGCCACGGAAGCAAGUUUUCAAUGUUGGCGAACCGAUUUAAAGAGUCCUACAGAGCUCUGCGAUGUCCAGCUUGUAAUGAAAAUGGCCGGCAACCCUGCCGGACCUGUGUUCAAUGA